CGGUGCGUCACGGGAUACAAAAUGUCUGCCCAGAAUGUGAGCUAAUGCUAAUUAACGAGAGAAAACACUCACAUACACGCGAAUAAAUGUAAAGUUCAUGGUUUUUCUCUGAGCUGCUGUGCUGUCAGUGAACACAUGACAUGUUAACUGCAUGUGGCUUAAACCAUGUCAACUAAAGCAGAGUGCAGAGUGUCCAGCUCCAGUUCCAGAACAGAAGAAAGAAGGAGAUCAAGAAGCCAAGGACAAGAAAAAGGGAAGCGGAAGCGCAGCCGUAGUAGAUCUUCUUCUUCCUCCUCCUCCAGUUCGUCUUCGUCAUCUUCAUCAUCAUCAUCAACCUCCUCAUCCUCCUCUUCAUCACACUCAUCCAGUUGCAGUCGAAGUAGCUCUAGUAGCAGUGACUCUCGCAGCAAAUCCAGGAAGCAGUCUAAGAAAAGUAAAAAGGAGAAACAGCACAAAAAAAAAGGGAAGAAAGAGAAGCGGCAUAAGCGCAAAAAAGACAAGAAAGCCAAAGGAGGAGAGGAAAAUGCAGGACCUGUACAGAUCUCGAAGUACUUGAAGGACAAGAAAAAAGGCAAGUACAGCAUGAUCUCAGGGAAGAAAAUUAAGAUGAAAGUUAAGAAGUCAAAGAAAGACAAACAGCGAGAUAAGAAUCGGGCAGAACUCCUCGAGUUCUUGAACUCUACUGUGUGAUGCCACAUUAGACACCACUCGUGUUGUGGUCAGGCUUGGACACAGCCGCAGAACUCAGGAAACACCGACUGAGUGUUGCAGGAGAACCAAACCGAGGAUAUUUCUGAGGAAGGAAGACGUGGUGAAUGCACCCUGAAUAGACACACGGGGGCAGCACUGAGUCCUUUGGAGGAAGAGAGCUGUUGCUCUCGCAGCACAGUGACAUGUUGGUAUCCCGGUUUCCCAGUCCUUCAGCCUUUACUCAACAUGAGAGAGUUGAAAUAGGCCAGUGAUUGACAUCUCAACUUUGCUUGUGGUUUAAAAAUGUGGUCGCCACAGAUUCUGCGUUGCACUGAUAUUAUCACAUUCAAAGUGGACACUCUCAUCUACAUUUCUGCACCACACCCAGAUGGAUAAUCUGUUUGUUGCUGGGUCAGGGUUGUUGUUGUUGCUGUCAGGCUGAUGAAUACAUUGACCACACUGCAACUCGACCACAGACUCUUCACUUGCAGAUUUAUGCUAACAACUUUGUGCAGAAAUGAAGCAGCAGCUGCAGAGAUCUGAUGAACAAAUUUCUGAUUUUUGUCGUUAUGAGUCCUUCAUAUAGUUACAUGAUAUAAUGGUGUGAAUGAGAUUUCAUUCGACUCCCUCUGAAGCCACAAUUUACUAUAAUUCCCCCCCCCCCCGAUAUAUCUCAUAGUCUUCCCCAAGACCUGUGAAUGGACUUUGAUGUGUAAACUACAUGAAGAUCUUGAAAGUUAUAGAUAUAUUUUUUACUUAAAUUAGGAACAGUCAAUUUAUGUUGUAAUAAAAAGCUUGUAAAGUUUGAGAAGUAAAAAAAAAAUGGAGGGAAUCAGCGUUAACUGUGUACCGACAUCAUAGUUUAGUUUGUGAAUAAGCUUGGUAUGCGUGUACGACACACUCAUAACAUUCAUCUCUGCAUUCAUGAGUCGUUUAUUUUUUAUCAAUUUGAAAUACAAAACACAGUUACCGUUAAUGUCUCCACUUGUAUAAAAAUGAUGAUGGAGUAUUAACCUGUCAUGUACUGUAGUAUUUUGCUGUGAGGAAAAACGGCGAUAAACUGCUGGAAAGAUUUUA